AUUUCGUUCCUACACUUCUCUUCCCCCUUUUUCUCUCUUCCACGCCGGCCAGACCGACCUCGAGAUUCUGAAUCCCUCUGAAGUGCCCCAUCUCCAGAUACCCCGCGCCGCCAUGCCGAACCUCGCGUCCGCCCGCUACGGCAAGGAUAAUGUCCGCGUCUGCAAGGUCCAGAGGGACGAGAAGACGGGUUUUCAUACGGUCACAGAGAUGACGGUGUCCUGUUUGCUCGAGGGCCAGAUCGAGACAUCGUACACCGCCGCGGACAACAGCGUCGUGGUCGCCACGGACUCGAUCAAGAACACAAUCUACAUCAAGGCCAAGGAACACCCCGUCAACCCGCCAGAGCUCUACGCCAGCCUCCUGGGCCAGCACUUCCUCGACAAGUACCCGCACAUCAGCACAGCGCACGUCAACCUCGCGGUGCACCGGUGGACGCGCUUGGAGGUUGACGGCGCGCCGCACCCGCACAGCUUCUACCGCGACGGCCAGGAGACGCGCAACGUCGAGGUCGCCGUCUCCCGCGGGCCGGGCGGCAUCCGCAUCAAGAGCAGCAUCGUCGGCCUGUCGGUGUUCAAGAGCACCGGCUCGGCCUUCCACGGGUUCGUGCGCGACGAGUACACCACCCUGCCCGAGACCUGGGACCGCAUCCUGUCGACCGACGUCGACUGCUCCUGGACCUGGAAGCCCUUCGACACCGUCGAGGCCGUGCAGCAGCGGGUGGAGCGGUUCGACAAGGCGUGGGAGAGCGCCCGCGGCAUCAUCCUGAGGCUGUUUGCCGUCGAGGAGAGCCCGUCGGUGCAGAAUACUAUGUACAAGAUGUCCGAACAGAUCCUCGAGGCGGUGCCUGAAGUUGACAGGGUUGACUUUGCGCUGCCGAACAAGCACUACUUCGAGCUCGAUCUGAGCUGGCACAAGGGAAUCAAGAACACGGGGAAGGACGCCGAGGUUUAUGUGCCACAGUCUGGGCCCAACGGUUUGAUCAAGUGCGAGGUUGCCCGUGACGAAACGACUCUGGCGCACCGGUGAAGAACAAGAAGGAGAAGGAGAAGGAAGAAGGACGAGAUGACGAGUAGUUGGGAGGAAGUUAGCUUCAGGCGCCUUUAGCGUCGUCAUGAUCUGCAUAUCUGAUGGUUCAGCGCAGCAAGUCUAUAUUUUAGCCGGAAACAACAUUACCUCGAGCCCCGGAAGGGGACCUGAGAUUUUUAAUCUGACUAUCUGUUUGAUACUCUCGAACCAGACCAUGUGUCUGAUGAAACCAUGACUCCGACCGCGUCCAAACAAGGUUCUCGUGAUAUACAUACAGUAAUGUGAUGUUGUUACAGAAAGACUCAGCUCCGGAGUCAGCAAAACCCCCCUUUGGCAUACCUUCCCCCUCUACAUUCCCCCUCGCUUCAUUUGGCCACAACCCUAUAUCCUCGCGGUAUCCGAUUCCCUCACGGCCUUGACCAUCUCCUCCCAGCCCGGCGACCCCACCACCUUGCCACCAAACCGCACCAGGUUCUGCUUGUACGGAUGCGCGUCGCCCUCAAACGCCUUCAGCCGCGCCAACCGCUUGUCGCGCAGCCGAUUCUUGGGCAGCAUGCCGCUGACGGCCUUGCGCAGCACCUCGGCCCCGCCGUGCUUCUCCAUCAGCGCGUCCAUGGUGAUGGUCUUGAGCGAGCCGGGCCGCGUGUUGUGCCGGUAGUAGACCUUGCGGUACUUCUUCUUGCCCGUCGUGUAGAGCGCCGCGCAGUUGGUCACCACCACGUAGUCGCCGCAGUCGGUCGACGGGUCCCAGAUCGGCUUGUGCUUCCCCAUGAGGAGCGUGGCGAUGCGCGAGGCAAGCCGGCCCAGCGACGGCGGCGUGACGGCCUCGGGCGGCGACUUGACCGUGCUCAGCGUCGGGUGCGGCGCCGACGCCGAGAUGUGGUGCCAUACCCUCGAGUAGGCGAGCCUUGUAGCCCCCACUGUCUGUGACAUUGUCGGCGGCGUAGAAGGGAAUAUUCAGAGAAGCGAUGGCCAAGAAGAGCCCCUGGGAACUAGUCCCUCAUCGACGAGGAGGAUGCUGGCCUCUGCGGUUCUCAGGCCGGCACGGGUUCAAUAUGCCCCGAGUCAAACAAGUCUCAAGGAGGACCGGGCAGAAGCGGGUGCUGG